AUGGUGGAGGUGGGUGAGAAGGUCGUUCAUACGAUCCUGACCAAGGAGCGGGACGAUUUGUGCACGUCUUACCAACCCUGUUCGGUUGCUUUGAGUUCGUCAGUGAAGUCCAUCGUCGACUUGACAGAUUCGCAAAAGGCCCAGGCCAUGGCCCUGGCGAAUGCUCGAACAGGCGUCAAGGCCGAGGAGACCAGCAGUAGCAACAAGCGCGGGGCGCCAGACAGUUCGCAUAUGAUGAGCUUCUCGGAACAAGUCGAGCAGUCCUUCGACGUCCCCAUCAAUGAGAAGAAGAUUCUCACGCUAUGCAAGAAACCCAGUGGCGUCACCAUCACCAAGGUGCGCGACGUUAUCCCCGACGCCGAGCUGCAGGGCGUGCAGUACGCCACGGGCAUCCUCACCCUACCCGGACACAAACUGCCCACCGGCAGCUUCGCAGUCACCUCCACCUCCUCGUCCGAAGCCUGCUACUACGAGCCCUGCAAACCGCCCCAAGGUGUGCAACUCGACGAAGGGGACAUCUAUGCCGUCCCCAAGUCCAUUCUCAUCGUGCAAAAAAUGUCGACACAGGCUCCCAAAAAGUGGCUCUGUAUACGCUCAAGCAAACAACACCCGGGAACUCUGUUAGCCACCGAACUCGACGACCUAAGGUUCCAAAUUACCAAAGACUCCUCCAUGGACGCUUCCAACAAUGCUACCGUCAUAAUAAGCACAAGGGAAGAAUGA